AUGGGCAGCACAUACCACUACUACUACGAGCUUGAUGGUUCUCACGAGACCCAUGAUCCUGCCCGGCCCUCCACCCGGCAUUGCCCGUACAUGCCUGGCCAGACCGUGAACACACUAUUCGUCCCUAUCCAGCGAACUCUCCGAAAACGAAGCGCCUCCCUCAGCUCCAUGAGGAACGCCGACUUCAUGACCAUGAACCCCAAGGACAAGUUCACCACGCCGCGUCCCGCUCCUCCCGCGCCCGGCGUCAUGGCCGGUCCUCGCCUCGGCACCUCUCCCCACUCUCUGAGGCACCACGCCUCGGCCCGCUCUCUCUCGCCCAACCCUUCGUGGCGGCGCUUCUUCAGGAAAUCGGUCCGCGACGACAGGGAAGAAUCCACCGCACAUCUCCCCGAGUCUCUCCGCCGAUUCCUCUGCGAUGACACGAUCCCUACUUCGCCCGUGGACGAGAGGCCGGUCAUGAUUCCCGAGGAUAUCGCCGAGGAGAUGGAGGAUGACGACAACUUUGCCACGCCCGACUGCGCCGACCAGCCGUACACCACCUGCUUGGCCCCUCCCCUUCAAGAGGUCCAUCUCGUCCAGCUCCAUCCCCCUCCACGCGGAUCCCGCGCCGUCUGUCAGCCAGGCCCUUCCCGAAUCGCCUACCCUACCCGACUUCGAGUCCUGCCUUCGAUCGCGCUUCUCGAUUUCCUCCAUCUCGAGCUAUGCUUCCUCGGCCGGCGUCAGCCCCGAGGUGGAGACCCCUCCCUCUACGACCUCCUCGAUGAUUUGGAAUUCGCCGCCUCGGUGCACGAGGCCGACGAGCCCAUUCACUCGUCUCCUCUUCCCAGGCAGUCUUUGGAGCGCCAGUACAGCCUUCCUCAGACCGCUGUGGGCGGGGCCAAGCAUGCGGGCAGUGCACUGGUAUCCUCGCCUAUCGACAUGGGCAUGGAUGACUUUGUUGCUGAGCUUGGCUGGAUGGCGAGCGUCAUCAAGAACUAG